CAUUUCCAAAUCCAAAACAAAGCAAGAAAUUUUAGAAAGUCAUCAUACAACAUCUAAACUCCGGAAAAAAUUUGAAAUAGCGAAAAUGGAAGCUAUGGAUGUAGUUCUACCAGAAAAGGAGGAAGGUAGUCCUUCUGACAACACCAAACAGUCUCUCCAAGAUGCAGACACUGAAGACCUCUACACAAAAUACAAAAAACUGCAACAAAUGCUCGAGUUCCUCGAAGUUCAAGAAGAAUACAUCAAAGACGAACAGAGAAACUUGAAAAAAGAAUACCUGCACGCUCAGGAAGAGGUGAAAAGAAUCCAAUCAGUCCCUCUGGUCAUCGGCCAAUUUUUAGAGGCUGUAGACCAAAACACUGGCAUAGUGGGAUCCACUACAGGCUCAAACUAUUACGUCAGAAUUCUAUCGACUAUUGACAGGGAAUUGCUGAAACCCAGCGCCAGCGUGGCUCUGCAUAAACACAGCAAUGCGCUGGUCGACGUCUUACCACCUGAAGCUGAUUCUUCCAUAAGCAUGCUUCAAGCCGACGAAAAACCCGAUGUCAGCUACGGUGAUAUCGGUGGCAUGGACAUGCAGAAACAAGAAAUCAGAGAAGCUGUAGAACUGCCUUUGACGCACUUUGAACUUUACAAGCAGAUUGGAAUUGAUCCUCCAAGAGGUGUUUUGAUGUACGGGCCACCUGGAUGUGGAAAGACUAUGUUGGCUAAAGCUGUAGCUCAUCAUACAACUGCUGCUUUUAUCAGAGUAGUAGGAUCUGAAUUCGUCCAAAAAUACUUGGGAGAAGGACCUAGAAUGGUCAGAGACGUAUUUAGGUUAGCUAAGGAAAACUCUCCAGCAAUUAUAUUCAUUGACGAAAUCGACGCUAUCGCUACAAAACGUUUCGAUGCUCAAACCGGUGCUGAUCGUGAAGUACAGAGAAUCCUGCUGGAAUUGUUGAAUCAAAUGGAUGGUUUUGAUCAAACCACCAACGUUAAGGUCAUCAUGGCAACUAACCGUGCCGAUACAUUGGAUCCAGCUUUACUAAGACCUGGACGUUUGGACAGGAAAAUCGAAUUUCCGCUUCCAGACAGAAGACAAAAGCGUUUAGUUUUCAGCACUAUUACUUCCAAAAUGAAUUUAUCUGAAGAAGUUGAUUUGGAAGAUUACGUUGCAAGGCCUGAUAAAAUAUCUGGCGCUGACAUCAAUGCAAUUUGCCAGGAAGCCGGUAUGCACGCUGUGCGUGAAAAUCGCUACAUUGUUUUGCCCAAGGACUUUGAAAAAGGUUACAAAAACAACAUUAAGAAGGAUGAAAGCGAACAUGAAUUCUACAAAUAAAUGUCUAAAUAAUACUAAUUUUUUAAUGAGUGCAUGAUACUAAUUAUUGAAAUUGUAACAUUAAUAAAGCAUAAUUUUUCCUUUCCAA